AUGUCAUUUAUCUUCUCUGGCAUCCUCACUCCUAUACCUGCCUUCGGUUUCCUGUUUGACAAUGAAGAAGUUAAAGGCCCUGUGAUCCAGUAUCUCAUCAGACCUGAAGAAUGUUUAAAGAAAUUUCAUCCAAUUGAUCUUGAGAAACUUCAGUUCAUUGGAGACUCUCUCAACAUUCUGAGACAAGAGGUCGAGGAACAUGCUAAGCUCACUGCAUUCAAAUAUUCGAUUCAUCGGGGUGGACAGUUGACUCCCGAGAUGUGGGAGCCUUGGAUCAAAGAGAGAAGAUAUUCAGACACGCCUAUUGUUUUCUACACAAAAUGGAAACAUGGGUCUUCUUCAGCAGAUGUUAUUGGACUUGACUGGACUGUAGAUAUGGCUGAUGGAAAGAGGCGACUGGGGAGCAGUGUUAGAGACUUAAGAGUCCAUGGAAAUGUUGAUCCAUCUAACCUAUUAUCUCUGAUUCCUGCUUUAACUGAAGAGAUUUAUAGGUGGAUAGUUUACUUUGUUGAGCUGAAGAGUAGUGAAGAUUACUGGACCUAUCUUCACGGCAUAUACUCAAACCUAGGACACGGUGUCUUGGUAGGGACGCCAGAGGAAGCCCUGGCUCAUUUCUUUGAAACUGCGAGGAGCUUGGCUUACUAA